GUCAUUAAAACGGAAAUAACAAAUUCAAGCCACCGCGCUUGAAAGUCUUAUACCACAGGCAGCGCCUCACCCACACCAACACACGGCGUCUUGUUGCAACACAGCGCCCUAACGCCACGGUCGUUCAUUCCCUUAUCUCGUCCAUUUACUUAUUUUAAACCCGUCCAAAGGGUCUCUUUCCUCCCUAAGGCUGUUUCAACUGGGUUGCAUUCUCGGCCCUCACCUCGACGAGUUUCCCUCCGCUUCAUCGAGUUAUAAUUAGUACAAAUCUCGAUCGACUCGGCCGGUAACGACGCGCAAGGAAGACGCCCGUCUUUCCCAGACCCUAGAGGGCCGCUGCACAGCAUGUAUUCACAACACGCAGCCAUGGCAGCGCCUCAAAAGCCAGAGACUUUCAUGUUGAGCACGGAAGCUCAACAAGCACUGCCCCACGAUGCUCAGGUAGCUCUGCAGCAAGUCGAUAAUCUGAAAUACUUCCUCAUCUCCGCACCAGUCGAUUGGCAAUCAGACCAGUACAUCCGGAGGUUCCUCCUUCCGACCGGCGAAUACGUCUCGUGCGUGCUAUGGAACAACCUCUUCCACAUCUCGGGGACAGAUAUCGUGCGAUGUCUAUCCUUCCGGUUCCAAGCUUUCGGUCGGCCAGUUAAGAAUUCCAAGAAGUUCGAAGAGGGCAUCUUCUCAGACCUACGAAAUCUGAAGUCGGGAACUGAUGCCUCUCUCGAGGAGCCCAAGAGCCCGUUCCUCGACUUCCUCUACAAGAACAACUGCAUUCGGACGCAGAAGAAGCAGAAGGUCUUCUACUGGUACAGCGUACCACACGACCGCCUGUUCCUCGACGCCCUGGAGCGGGACCUGAAGAGGGAGAAGAUGGGCCAGGAAGCCACCACUAUCGCCGUUAGCGAGCCCGCUCUGUCCUUCCAGUACGAUUCGUCCCAGUCGCUGUACGAGCAGCUCACCAAGGCUCAACAAACCAAUUCUUCCUCCUUCAACGCCCAGCAGGUUUCCUUUUCCCAGUCGCAGUCUAGCUCCCCAGUGAUGCGGGCCAUGGACUCGAUGCCCCCUCCGCAGAUGAUCCCCCAGUCAAUGCCCCCUUUGCCAGAGGGGCUGGAGAGCAUGGUGUCGUACGGCGCCAUGGCGAUGGCGCCAGCAAUGGCACAGCCGGUGGUCAAGAGGGAGCCUGACUUCACCCGAGUGCAGUACAACCAGAACGGUGUCCCGAUUGCACAGGCGCACCAGCGCCACGCGUCGAUGCCCGCCUAUGCGUUGGAGUACUCACCCGCACCGUCGUUCGUCUCUUCUCACUACGAGGAUUACAGCCAGAGGGGUAUCUCGUUUGAACCCUUGACGCCUCCCCAACAGGCUCUCGGCAUGGGCGCCGAGCCUGCUUACAUCGCCAAUGAGGAGACUGGCCUCUACACCGCCAUCCCGGACCAUAUGAACGGCAUGAACGGCCUAAAUGGCAUGAUCCAGCUGCCGCCAUCGAACCUGGCUGGCCCUUCAUUCUCUCGCGCCUACCCUGCCAACAACGUCUACUCGGUGAUCGAAGGAUCGCCGACCUACAAGCAGCGGAGACGGCGGUCAUCCAUCCCUCCUUCCCUGUCGGUCACAGCAGCAGCGAUCGCGUCAGCUACCGCGGCGCAUCGGCCAUCGGAUCUUCGCAGGUCUGUAUCCGCGUCUGGGCCUGCCGAGGGUGACGAGUCUGCGGACAACUCCCCCCCAGGUCUGACUUACAGCAAUUCUGGCAUGUCAAUGGGCAGCCAUCAGCACCACAAGGAACUGCUCGACCUUUCUCGACACGGCACCCCCUUGUCGACGGUCGAAGGCAGCCCCGCUCUGAACCCGAUGGCCCUGCAGCAGGCGGAUCUCGGUCAGCUCACCAACGAUGAGCUCGGCCAGCCCAUGAGCGAGCACCACCAACGGCAGGUGAUGCAAGGCGGCGCCAACGUGGUACGCAGAGCGCGGUCAGCCACAGUCAUGGAGCUCGGCCCCUAUCCCCAGAAGUCACACUCGUGCCCGAUCCCCACUUGCGGCCGUCUCUUCAAGCGCCUCGAGCACCUGAAGCGACACGUGAGAACACAUACACAAGAAAGACCCUACAUCUGCCCUUAUUGUAGCAAGGCAUUCUCCAGAUCAGACAACCUAGCACAACACAAGCGUACCCACGAUCGCGGCGAAGGUGGUGAAGGGGGCCUGAACCUGUCAGGCGAAGACGAGGAGGAGUACUCAGGCGAGGAUCAACUGGCUUCUCUCGAGGAAGCUUCGCCGACAUCGGAGGGCGGCUACGUGACGGCCUCUCUGAACUCGCUUGCAAACGGUGCAACACCGACCUCGAACGGCAUGGUCCCUGUGUCGAGCAUGUCGCACGCGCCGACAUUCAACAGUCUUCAGACAUUGAGCAUGCCCAUGACGAUCAGCCAGCCGCAGCCGAUCAACGCCGGUGGCAUGAUGUAAACCGGCUCGGCUGGUAACCACCACGAUGCGAUUCACUUGUACGUUUAUGUCGGGGGUUUCUUUGGUCACUAUGGGGUUAUUGGGGGGGCCUAGGGGUUGGCAUGGUUUUUCUUGGUGCUUGGAUUGGUACUCUUCAUUUGCCAGAAG